UUGAUUAUCCAUACCCAAUGUCGGGGUCAUGUGAGAACAUUCCUUUAACCGAGCCCCCCACGACACUUCAACCCAACACCGAGUCACCGACUACUCCAUAUAGACCAGCUACACCAGUCACCAACCUGAAGAUCAAACUGAGUUCUGACGUCAUCGCAACAGGUGAAGUCUUCAUGGUUGGUUUGUACUAUCACGGCGGAAACCGACUGACGUACAGGUGGAAUCUGUCUACCGACCAAGUAGAAAUCGCAAACCCAUUCCCUUAUGCUUACAAUACACCCAGUAUUUACAAAAUAUCGGUCUAUGCGUCCAACGAAGAGUACAACGCCAGCGCAGAUGCAGUUAUCACUGUGCAGGACACCAUCACAGGCCUUCAUUUGAUCAACCCCAUUCCUCCAAUGAUACCUGGCACAACGUUUAACGUAUCCUGGGAUAUAGAAAAAGGAACAAAUGUGAGCUUCACGCUUUCGUUUCCUAAUGCCACCACGCCGCAUUCAACAUUGCUGACAGAUGGCACCGGCCCAUUCACGUUACCAAAUAGAUACAAUUCUACUGGAAACCAUUUCUUCUCAAUCACAGCCACAAACAGACUUCCCACCUCUGCGAAUCUUGAAGUUGAAGUGAUUGUGGAAUUCCCUUUACAACUGCUAACGGCGCAAUGGUAUGUUGAUCGGCCAUACAAAACGGAAGGAGAUAUUAUCUACCUAUCAAUUGGAGAGAGGGUAACCGUUUAUGCCCAGGUAGCGUCGGGAACAAACCCAAAAUAUCAAUUUGACUUUGGAGAGCGAUCCAUGGGUAAUGCAUCAACAGGAACGACAUCUUAUAAUUUCAGCUUGGAAGGGGAAUACGUAUUGAAGGUGAAAAGCUUUAACCAUAUCAAUGCGCUCGAGGAUGUUUUUAAAAAAACAAUUUUUGUGCAACCCAAGGAGGCCAUUCAAAACUUGGAAGUUAUCGCAUCUGCUACUGCGUAUGGUAAUGUCUCGAGUAUGCGUUUAUUGAAACAACGAGGAACUUCAUUCACUUGUAACUGGUCGUUUGGGGACGGGAAUGCCACGGUAACAGACAUCGGAGAUUUACAAUACCCCGUCUUUCAUUUGUAUAAGGAACACGGUUGGUAUACAGUAAACGUUUGCUGUCAAAACUCCGAAGGAACUCAAUGUGCCAUCACUCAGGCAAAAGUUGAGAUACCUAUCUCAGGUCUCAAAAUAGACGCUAACGACUAUAUCAUAACCAGUAAUACAACAGUGCAAUUUCAUUUUGGUAUAGAAGCGGGUUCUCGAGAGGCGUAUAGAAUCGUUAUCAAAAGUGAUUCCAACAUGAUAGAUAACCUGUCGAGUGUGGAGCAGCCUCUGUAUUACGUGUUCAAGAAGCCUGGAAUUUACUACGUGUCUUUACAAGCAAGUAACUCAUUGGGGACGCAAUCGGCAAAGCUUCCUCGUGACAUAAUUGUUCAGAACCCAAUAAUGCAAAUGCGCCUAACGUCAAACAGUCCUAUCAAACUACCAGGACAUGCUAUAUUUGAUCUAUUCCUUUUUGAAGAAGACUUCGCAACAAAUGCUACGUGCGCGUGGAACUUUGGCGACGGACAAGAAACCACAAUUUCCCUGAGCUUGGAAGGAGACGUUACCCACUUCUGCCAGCAAGAAGGACGUUUUCUUGUUCGCGUCAAUUGCUCAAACUUAGUGAGUUACUCGAUAGCUUCGACAACAGUGGUUGUACACAGAAUGAUAGCCCCUGUUAUGACGCUUGACCCAGCAGUGAUUACUGCAGGUCAGUAUUACAUGGAUACUGACAAUAGCGUGCAAGCAUGUGUGACGGCACAGGAUUAUGACGAGGUUUAUAUUUGGCACAGCCCUAACACCAAUGGAACGAGCAUGAAAUCCACCAACUCGUGCUUUUUGUAUCAUUUCGCGUACAGCGGUCACUACCUAAUCCAAGUGCUGGUGAUAAACUUGCUGGAGAAUAUGACGAGUACCACUGACAUCAUGGUGCAAGAUAAGAUAAAAAAUGUCACCCUCAGAGCAAAUCAAGAAGUCUACGUAAGAAGGGAAUUUGAGAUUUUCUGGUCUGCAGAGGAGUUUGGGACUGACUCGUGCUUUUACCUACGUCUCGGCGAUGGCAGCGCAGAUGUCGUGUUUGGGGAUACCCAGUGUGUCAUCCAGGGAAUCACAAGCACACAUGUUAUGAGCUUUCAGGAAGGUACAGUUUUAUACAAAUACAGUUUCUGGAAUGAAGGUACGUUUAAUGUGAGCAUUAGAGGUACAAAUAUGGUUUCAACAGCAACAAGAGUGCUCACUGUAAAAGCCAUAAGGGAGACCUGCAGAAUAGAAACUCUAGAAAUUUGCAAAGGUAAUGAAACGCAACGGGAGUAUACUAUCAAAAAGAGUGAAGGGUUCAUGUUGAGAGUAAAAUUCCACUACGACUGUGCCUUUGCACAACAAGAAUCGGUCAAAUGGGAAAUACUAACGGUCCUCGAAAACUCAGAGGUCGAAGUACCGUUGGAAGAUAACUAUCUUAUGGGUCAUGAUCUGAACAUCCCACCAAAGAAAAUGCCAUACGGGGUUUUAAAGUUCUUGGCUACGAUAGCUAUAGACGGGGAACACAUAAAAGACUUAUAUGGUAAUGUCGAGGCAAGCACUUACGUAACAGUUAACAUCACACCAUCGCAGCUUCAAACGAUCAUCAGCGGGGAUGAACGGAUGGAAGUGGAACCAGAGUCGAUUUUCCCCCUGGAUGGCAGCGAGUCAUAUGAUCCAGAUGAUAUAUAUCCUACGUUUAAUCUGGGCUUCCGGUGGUACUGCAGGACCGUGGACUCCCAAGGAAGGAGUGUUGGUUGUUACAAAGCCAAAAAAAACUCUGAUGACAUUCUUUGGCGCGAAGCAAUAUUCCCUACGAACUCUAAUGACUUCAUAAGGAAUCAAAGCUACAUUCACAAGCUUGAGGUCUUCAAAGAUGGAAGAACAGCUUCCAUCGAGCGAGAAGUUUACGUUUCCUUUGGAAAACCACCGGACAUUUACAUCAGGUGUAACCCGGAGUGUACCGGGCGAUUAAUGUCUGCGGCUGCCUUACAGCUGAUAAGUGAGUGCAGGGGUUGCUCGGCGGCAAGUGAACUAAUUCAAAUAUGGGAAGUACACUAUGUACCAUCAGCUGGCGGACCACUUGUGAGGGUAGAGAUACCUCUGGUACAAACGUACUUUGGGUUUCAUGGUACCGUGUUUAAAGUGCGACCAGGGAUCUUAACGCCAGGCGAGACAUACAUAGUAACUCAUUCUGCGAAAAUUGAAGGCGGACUUCCGGGAAAGGCUAAUUACACAUUCGACGUGUAUGCAAACUCACCACCAGAUGAAGGAAAUUGCUCCGUGUGGCCACUAGAGGGAAUGGAGAUGAGCACAAUAUUCCAGCUGAGCUGUGAAGGCUGGCAAGACACAGAAAUGCCGCUCAGAUAUAUAUUCAACUAUGUCAUUGACGGUCGUAUGACAAUAGCGUAUGAUGGGAAUGAACCGCAGUGGAAUUUUGUUAUUAUCCUUCCAAGUGACACUAAAAGCGACAAUACAUUCGUCGAGUUUAUAGCUGAUAUUAUGGACUCUUAUGGUAUGAAGACAAGUUUCACUGUCGGCCAAAAGGCAACGGUGAGAAAGUCAAAAGCAGCAGAUAUUUCACAAAUAAACGCUCGUAUGGAUCAGCUAAAUGCAGACAUUCUUGGGUCUAGCAGCAACAAUAUAACAAAUACGAGUGUCAAGCCUAUGUCCCCUUCAGAGAAGGUAGCCAACGCGAGGCAGAUUGCAAGGCUGAGCGGGAGUAUCAACGAUACAGCUGUCAAAGCUAGGAUCAAUGAACAACUCGCUUCAACUGUCACUCAAGCCAUAAGAGACACAUCGACGCUUAACAUCCAAUUCAUAGAUACUUCCGUUAAAACGCUCAAAGAUGUCACUCAAGAUGCCCAGAAACUUAGUGUUCAGAUGCAGAGCGAUUUAUCAGAGUCAUUUGAGAUGCUGGCAGAUAAACUACACGAUUUGGCAGGCACACCCAAGGCUCCUGAUAAAGCAAGCAUAGUCCCCAUGGCAGAAGGUCUCUUGGGACUAGUAAGCAGUCUUUUGGGACCAUCUGAAAAUCCAGAUGGCGAAUCUAGUCAAGAGACGAUGGAGAAAAUAAAUUCAAACUGCUUAUCUGGCGUGAAGUCCAUCGUUGACGGCUUAUGGAAGGUUCAAGAUGACACUCCAACAAGCAUAGCCACGCCCGAGGUGGAAAUAACACUCGAAAUAACCACUGACACGGCUAUUAGUAGGAAGAAAAUAAAUGGGGAGGCUGGGUGUAUCGAGCUACCUGAGGCAAGCUACUUAAACCUUCCAUACGACCAGCCUGUAGGUACCCAGGUAAAUAUGAAUUUCACCCUUACUGACCCUGCAACCAGCCUUGAGAAGUACCCACAACCCAAAAAUCCAUAAAUGAAAAGUAAACAAAACGAGAUGAAGACACUCGGGCAUCAGUCUAAGGGAUAAAUGGUCUUGAAGACAUGACGGAAAAACCCUGAACAUACGCACUUCGAA